AUGUCUACAGCAAGCGUUCUUGAAAACAGACCCGCGAAAUUGACAGGGAGGGAAUUUUAUAAGAGCAUUGGGAGCCCGAAAUUUAUCGUGGCACCUAUGGUGGAUAGAUCAGAAUUUGCCUGGAGAAUGCUCACACGAUCUUUCAUGGCAAAGGACGAACCGCAACGUCUUCUUGCGUAUUCGCCAAUGUUUCAUGCCCGGCUAUAUAAUGAAACAGAGGGAUUUCGCGCUCAACAUUUCCAGCCCGUCCGUCGAGACGAUCCGAACGUCCCGUUUCUCGACGGUAACCCAGCCAUUGACCGACCACUCUUUGUACAGUUUUGCGCAAACGACCCAAAUGAUUUUCUAGAGGCUGCUCGUCUUGUAGCUCCAUACUGUGACGCGGUGGACCUCAAUCUUGGAUGUCCGCAGGGAAUUGCACGAAAGGGACACUACGGCGCAUUUUUGCAGGAAGAUUGGGAUCUGAUUUAUAAAUUGAUUAAUAGGUUGCAUACGGAGUUGCCGGUACCUGUUACUGCCAAGUUUCGAAUCCAGGAGACGAAAGAAAAGACGUUGGAAUACGCUAAGAUGAUACUAUCAGCCGGCGCCAGUAUAAUUACGGUCCAUGGUCGACGAAGAGAGCAAAAGGGCCACAAUACAGGAGUCGCAGAUUGGAGUUAUAUCAAAUAUCUGAGAGAGAAUCUCCCUCCAAAGACGGUCAUAUUUGCGAACGGGAAUAUUUUAAAUCAUGGUGAUAUCGAGCAUUGUCUGGAAGCUACAGGUGCCGAUGGAGUCAUGAGCGCGGAAGGCAAUUUAUCGGAUCCUACUAUAUUCAGCAAGGUUCCUGAAAUCGGCAAUGAAGGACGAGAAUACUGGCGUGGUCGCGAUGGGAGAGGAGGUUACCGAAUGGAUGCAGUCUUUAGGCGGUAUAUGGAUAUCAUCCAUGAAUACGUCCUCGGCAAUCCUGUGCCAGAGCGCAAACCACUUUUCUUGCAGUCGGAUCCUGUUGUCGAUACUACCGAGCAAAGCAAAAACACAGAAAAUCACACGGAACAAAACGGCCAAGUGAAUGGGAAGAGAAAAGCUGAAAACGAUGCUGAUGGAAAAGCCGUUGAUCUACCUAGCAAGAAGCAGAAACGCAGCAAAGAGAAGAGAACUCACGACCCGAAUCUCGUCGCCAUGCAGGGUCAUUUGUUCCAGCUUCUACGCGCCCUGGUCUCACAACACACACAUAUACGCGAUGCACUGGCACGAACGCAUGCUGGUGACAUUGCAUCUUUUGAGCGGAUCUUGAGCAUGGUCGAAGACGCUGUCAAAGAAGGCAUAUUAGAAUAUGAGAAGAAUCCUGAAGCAUUCGAUAAAAAAGCAGAGGACGCAGAUGAGCUUCAGGGAUCCCAGGCCACAAUUGCGGAAUAUAGUCGUCCAUGGUGGGUAUGUCAGCCAUAUAUUCGCCCUUUGCCGGAGGAAGCUAUAGCGAAGGGGGCGAUGCAGAUGAGCAAAAAGGACCAGCGCAAGGCUGCUGAAGCAGCUAACACUGCUGCUACUCAUUCGGUUUCAGAAAAGACUGAGCCUGUCCCUGCUUUGGUAUCGGCGUAG